AAGUGAUGAGCAUUUCAAGCAACUACAUUGCUCUUUCAUUAGUGAGGUUAGACUAGGAGCAUGGGCUUCCUAUCCCUCAUUACUGUUCUACUAUUCACAUCGCCACUUCUCUCUUCUUCACAAUAUCUUGGGAAAAACAUACUAACUAAUCGUAAGAUCUUGCCCAAACAAGAAGACAUAACCUCUUAUGCUGUCAUCUUUGAUGCUGGUAGCACUGGGAGUCGUGUUCAUGUCUACCAUUUUGACCAGAACUUAGAACUCCUUCACAUUGGCAACGAUCUCGAGUUUUACAAAAAGGUUACACCAGGUUUAAGUUCAUAUGCUAGUGAUCCUGAAGAAGCCGCAGAAUCUCUGGUUCCACUUUUAGAGGCAGCUGAAAAUGUUGUCCCUGUGGAGCUGCACCCCAAGACACCCCUUAAACUUGGGGCAACAGCAGGUUUAAGGCUUUUAGAUGGGGAUGCUUCCGAAAAAAUAUUGCAAGCGGUUACGGAUCUGUUCAAGAACCGAAGUACACUAAACGUUCAAUCUGAUGCGGUAGCCAUUAUUGAUGGCACCCAAGAAGGUUCUUAUCUAUGGUUGACAAUUAACUAUCUAUUGGGGAAGUUGGGAAAAAAGUUUACCAAGACAGUGGGAGUAGUUGAUCUUGGAGGUGGAUCAGUUCAAAUGGCAUAUGCGGUUUCAAGGAACACAGCGAAAAAUGCUCCAAAAGUACAUGAUGGAGAGGAGCCAUACAUAAAGAAACUAAUAGUCAAGGGAAACAAAUACGAUCUCUAUGUUCACAGUUACUUGCACUAUGGUAAAGAAGCAGCUCGUGCUGAGAUUUUGAAGGUCACUGAUGGUUAUGCUAACCCUUGCGUUUUAGAUGGCUAUUAUGGUAAACAUAUUGUUUUGGAUCCAUGCAUAUAUAUUUAGAAUAAUACUACCACC